AUGUACUAUCGUACAAAAGAUAUGUUCGAAGGUCAUCUGGAUGAUGAUGUGGAAUCGACUGCCAGCCAGCGGACAAUUGCAGGAGAAACACACGACAUAAAGGAUGCAAUAAAGUUGCUUUUGGAAACUCAGCAACAAAUAUUGCUACGGCAACAUGCGACAUCAGUAGCGUUGUCAGGAAAGGUAUCGAAUUGUCCACCUGCUGCUCCUGAAAGUGAUGUAUCGAAUAGUGCUCCUCAUCUCAAUGUACGACUUCCAGCUAUUAACGUUCCAGCUUUCAGCGGUGAUCGCAAAGGAUGGUUAACCUUCAAGGACAUUUACCAAUCGACUAUUCACGGCCGAAAUGACGUUUCGGAUUCUUUAAAAAUGCAGUAUCUGUUUUCUUACUUGGAAGGGGAUGCUAAACGUUUGGUUAAAAAGUUCACUAUUUCUAGUGCGAACUACGUAAAAGCGUGA